UUAGGUCUGGGUGUUGCAUGAAUCUGUUGUGUCAGUGGAAUCUUGUAACAUUGUUCGUACGCACGUGUUCUUGUGCGCAACAUGGCGGCUGAGGAGAGAGGCUUCGAUGCUGUGUUUGCUGAAACUGUCGCUGAUAGAUUUUUGUGCCCCAUUUGUUUUCUAGUUUUACGAGAACCGAAACUCACAGAUUGUGGCCAUCACUUUUGUGCAAAUUGUUUUGCAGACUUGCCAAGCGCACCGCUAGAAGUACCUGCACUGGGCAACGAGUCGUACAUCUCUUGCCCUUCGUGUAGGACGCGGUUGAUGAAAUCAGAGAUUUUUUCCAACAAUGCGCUGAAACGAGAGAUACUGGAUUUGAUGAUCAAAUGUGAUCGACAUGAGAAAGGUUGUGAAUGGGUUGGGGAGUUGAGAUACAGAGAGACUCAUGAGAAAGAAUGUGAAUAUGUUGAAGAAACGUGUGAAAACGAAUGCGCAGAAAUGGUGAUAAGAAAGGAAAUGAAAAAUCACAAGGCAAGACUGUGUGGAAGGAGAGUCACUAGUUGUGAUUAUUGCAGUGCCACAAUGGAAUGGAUGGAGCUUGCAGCUCAUUACCUGACAUGUCUUCUGUAUCCUGUUGGCUGCGUCUACUCGUGUGGGCAAACAUUGGCAAGAGAUCAGAUGGAAGAUCACACUGGCAGGCAAGGAAAUUGUCCAAACAGUGUUCUUAGUUGUGAUUUUAGAGAUAAUGGGUGUCAGUUUGAAGGAAAACGUCAUGAACUGUUAAGGCACAUUGAAAGUAACACAGCUAACCAUCUUAGUCUGAUUGCCAAGGAACUAAGAACAACCAAAUUAGUGUUGGAGAAAACUGAACAGAAGUUGGAGAAAACUGAACAGAAGUUGGAGAAAACUGAACAGAAAUUGGCAUGCACAGAGAGUAGACUGUUAGAGAUGGAAUCACAGUUGUGUGAAGAAUUGAUCAGAAGGAACUAUUCUCUUCCACCUGUUUUAACUGCUAGCAAGUUUGUGCACAAAUGGAGAAUAGAGAACUGGUCUGAGAAAGUCACACAAGCAAAAUUAGAGAAACCAGGUGAAAAUUUGAUUAAGAGCAGUUCAUUCUAUGUAUACCCUGGGUAUCAUCUGUAUUUUCGAGUCUAUCCAGUUAAUGUUAUUGAUGUCAAUACUUUUGAGAACUAUGUUGGUGUUUAUCUGUAUCCAAGUCGUGGAGAGUUUGAUGAGAGGCUUGUUUGGCCUUUUCCAUUUUCGUUUGAUUUUGCAAUUAUUGAUCAACAACUAGCAGGAGAGAAUGUUGUUCAUCAGUUUUCACCUCCCUACAAGGAUGCAUUGAAUCUUGGAAUCGGAACCAAGAGAGUGGGAUGGGAUUUUGUAAACGGAAACGUAAGAAUAGCGGAAAAGGUCUGGAAGAGAUUGACCCGCACACGGUGCAUUCGAGGCCACAUCCGGGACACGUCUAAAUGUCGAACACUCAGGCAAGGUCGGAAGAAGAGAUCGGUAGAAAGUGGGAUCGCUGUUUGAGCGACCUACUGAUUAAAUCCGGCGCUGGAUUUGGCGUGGGAGCUCUCUUCUCACUGCUCGUCUUCAGCAGACGUCCGUGGCCUAUAGCCUUUGCCACAGGACUAGGAGCAGGGAUGGCAUUCUCAAAUUGCCA